AUGCGCAUGACGUUGGCGCGCAAGGGGCUGCUGGUGCACGUUCAAGUCAUCAAGAAAGAAGAAGAGAUGACGGAUGCCUGGCUGUUCAACGACGCUAAGGCACUGGGUAUCAUCGCUCAAGGCAUAGAGCUACAGCACCAGACCAAGAUACGAUCGGCGACGACAGCUAUGCACGCGUGGGUCAUCUUGCGGGACUUCUACAACCGCACCACGCUCCACAAUCGUGUCGAGAUGACACGUCGUCUGCAUGAGUUCAAGAUGGAGAAUGGUUCGACCAUGUCGAAGCACUUGGAUGCUUUUGACGAGCUUGUUGUCGGCCUCCAGACACUUGGAGAGCCAGUCGAUGACUCUCGGCAGCUAGUGGUGCUGCUUAGUAGUCUUCCGACGGACUAUGAGCUCAUCUCGUCAAUUGUGGAGAAUUCCAAGGACAUUACGCUCAUCGAGGUCAAGGAAAAGCUGCUCAAGGAGCAUGAACGAUUGCAGAGAAAGGAGACUACGGAGAAGGCGUUUCCUGUAAGCAGCAACGGUAGACGUUUCAAGGGAGGCCAAGGUAACGGCCGCAAGGGAAACUAUCUACGGAAAACCAACACCGGAAUUAAAGGCAAGUGCUUUAAGUGUGGUCAAGUCGGACACUAUAAGCGGGACUGCCUGAAGCGUAGCAAUGGCGAGGAAGAAGGUGCUGUGUUUGCUGCUGGUGAGUUGCAAUGCGAAGAAUGGCUUAUCGACAGCGGGGCUACGUCGCACAUGACACCACAUCGGAGCGAUCUAUUUGAGUACAAGGAGUUGAAGACUGGUCAACAAGUCUCUAUCGCUGAUGGCAAGAAGCUGCAGGUAGCUGGAGUGGGAACAGUCAAGCUGAAAGGUCUAGACGGUCGACGGAUCAUGAUGGUCGAUGUCAUGCACAUACCAGGACUUGACAAACGAUUGCUGUCCGUUGGCAAACUGGCAGGACGAGGCAUGAGGGUGGAGUAUCAAAACUCGUCCUGCAUCAUUUGGAGUGCCAAGCGCGCGAUUGCAAGCGGCAAGAAGAUUGGCAAGGCGUACUUCCUGGAUUGCGAACAAAAAGAAGCCCGGCUUGUAGAAUACGCAGGGGCUGAAAGUGAGUGGGAGCUUUGGCACGCUCGCUUGGGACACCCCGGAAGAUCUGGUAUGGACAAGACACAGCGCGCUACGAGUGGUAUGCCGGCGGUAAAGCAGGGCAUCGAGAAGCUUACGGACGUGAUGGGACCGAUGAAGACGGUCUCAAAGGGUGGUGCACGAUUCGUAUUGACAUUCGUAGACGACUACUCAAGAUUUGUGGCAGCGUACUUCAUGAAGCACAAGAGCGAGGUGGCCGCAAGGCUUAGCGAGUUCAAGGCUUUCUAUGAGAAUCAAUGGGGCAAGCACUUGAAGUGUAUACGGUCGGAUAACGGGACGGAGUUUGUCAACAAGAAGAUUGCCCAUAUAUGCGCCCGUAAUGGUAUCAUGCACCAGCGGACAGUACCAUAUAGUCCGCAACAGAACGGCGUUGCGGAACGCAUGAAUCGCACUAUCAUGGAGAAGGCAAGGAGCAUGCUGUACUACAAGGGUAUCGACAUGCAGUGGUGGGCAGAGGCGGUCAGUACGGCUGUGUACUUGAUCAACAGAUCCACAAACUCUGCAAAUUCGGACGUAACACCGUUCGAGGUUGGUUUCAAGAUGAAGCCGAGUAUUGAGCAUUUGCGUGUGUUUGGAUCGCAAGGGUAUGCUCACAUUGACGACGCCAAGAGGACGAAGCUCGAACCAAAGAGUUACCGGUGUAUGUUCCUCGGAUAUGCGGAGAACACCAAGGGAUACAGGGUGUUCAAUCUGGAAAGGUCGAAGGUUGUCAUAUCGCGCUCCGUAAAGCUGGACGAGCGGGAAGUUGAAGGCAUAUACGACACGGUGGUACCAGAUAAAGUACCAGUCGUCAAGUAUAUUAGUGACACUGAUGAAGCAGUGAUUCCGGUGGUUCGUCCGUAUGAUGGAGACGAGACGAUGGAAGAUGUCGAAGAAAGCGCUCCUGAUGUCGAGAUGGACGAGAUAGAAUCGGCUCCAUUCGAAACAGGUAUCAUCAUACCUCAAGUACUCGAUCCAGAAACUCAAGAACCAAGAGGCGAUGAGAUAACGGGAUAUCAAGCUCCGAGACAAGCUUUUCAGGAGGACAGGUUGGUAUUUCAGCCGGAGAUAAAUCGGACAAGACGCUCACGAGACAGAAUGCUGCUGCUUGAGAAUGGGAAUAGCAGUGAAGACACGUCAGAAGGUAGCGAUGGACCACCUUCUCCAAAGCGUGCAAGAAUUGAUGACGAAGGUCUCAUUGCAGAGGCUGUAUUAGCCUAUGCUGCAAGCGUUGGCGAGGCGGACGACGCUCCAUCAACAUACAGCCAAGCGUUAAAAGGCGAAGACAACAGCAAGUGGAUUCAAGCGAUGCAAGCGGAGCUCAAGGCGCACGCCGAUAACGGGUCCUGGACACUGGUACCAAAACGGCAAGACAUUUGA